AUGUCGUCGGAUUUCACACUCGAAUCAUUCACAGUGGAAACCACCGACGGCGUCAAACUCCGUACGAGGUUGUUCAAACCCGGUCCAAACAUAAACAUCAAAAACGAAAACUUUGCGAUCGUUCUCGUCCACCCAUACUCCGUUCUGGGUGGCUCACAAGGUCUCCUCAAAGGCAUCGCUUCCGGGUUAGCUCAAAAUGGCUACACCGCCGUCACUUUCGACAUGAGAGGCGUCGGAAAAUCCACCGGCAGACCUUCCCUCACCGGAUUCGCAGAAGUUAAGGAUGUUGUCUCUGUCUCCAAUUGGGUCUCUCACUCUCUCUCCAUCCCCAAAAUCCUUCUCCUAGGUUCCUCCGCCGGUGCUCCUAUUGCUGGUUCUGCCGUUGAUAAGAUUGACCAAGUUAUUGGAUAUGUGAGUAUUGGAUAUCCGUUUGGGAUAACUGCUUCUAUUCUUUUUGGGAGGCACCAUAAAGGUAUACUGGAAUCUGAAAAACCGAAAUUGUUCAUUAUGGGGACACAGGAUGGGUUUACGAGUGUGAAACAGCUGAAGAACAAGGUUAGAUCUGCGGCGGGAAGAGUUGAAACCCAUCUGAUUGAUGGGGUUGGACAUUUUCAAAUGGAAGGGCCUGAUUAUGAUGCUUAUAUGGUGGAUUUGAUACUUAACUUUAUUGAAUCAUUGUCAUUGUAA